CUGUGGUCAGUUGUCACUGUGGCCUGUGCUUGUCAUUUGCGAGUUGUUGAUUUGAUAAUUAUUGUUAUUUGCUACUUGCGAGUUGCGAAGUUGUGAACUGUGAACUCGUUAGAGUAAAAAGAUUCUUUGGUUGUGAACUUGUUUAUUGUAUGUCAACAAUAAGUAGGUAGCAAUAAUGUCGAAGAUGAAAUUAAAUUUGAUUGCCGCUGUAUCUGAAAACUUGGGUAUCGGUGACUGUGGUGCACUUCCUUGGCGAUUAAAAAAGGAAAUGGCAUACUUCACAUCGUUGACAACAGACACUAAGGAUCCUUCAAAGAAGAAUGCCGUAAUCAUGGGAAGAGUUUCUUGGGAUUGUAUUCCUGCCAAAUUCAGACCGUUGAAAGAUAGAGUGAAUAUUAUAUUGACACAUAAUGUGGAUGCUAUAAAAAAAAAGAUAUCAAAUGAACAGAAUGUGGAAGUUGCAGGCAGCCUCGAUGAUGCACUGAAGAUGAUAGAGGCACGUUAUGAUAUAGAGACGACAUGGGUCAUUGGAGGAUCGCAUAUUUAUAAGCUUGGGUUAGAACAUCCGAAUUGCCACCGAGUAUAUUUAACAGAAAUAAAACGCACCUUUACAUGUGAUACCUUCUUCCCAGUUAUGGACAAAUCUAAAUUCAAAUGUGUGGAUGUUGAUGGUGUGUCCAGCGAAAAGCAAGUAGAAAAUGGUAUUGAAUAUUACUUCAAAGUUUAUGAAAAAUUACCUAAUGUAGAAGAAAAAAGAAAAGUUGUUGAAAGCACAAAUGAAAAGGACAAAACAAAGUGCUGUUGAAAAACCGAAUUAAUGUGAAGGAAUAUGAAAAAAUAAUGUUAUAUAUUUAAAUGUUCUUUGUAAUAUUAAAUAUUUAAGAAAUAUUA